CCUGCAGGCCGGAAGGGUUAACACCCAGCCCCUCCCCUCCUCUCCUGGGCCUUUGACCCCUGCCAGCUCCUCCCUGCCUUCCACUGACACCUUUGCCCGUGAUAUCAUCAGUGUGUGCAGACCUGGCCUGAGGCUGGGCCGGGUCCGGCUGCCAUGUUCUCCCUGCUGACCCUCCCCUCCUGGCUCCCCGGCCUCCCCUGCCUGGAGUGGGGCUCCAGCCUCCUUGAUGGCCUCCUGCGAGGCCUGGUCGGGGCCUUCGGGGUCUCCGUUCUGAACAGCCUCCUGAAGGUUUACUUCUUCGUGGGCUGUGCCAAUGACCCCGAGCGGCGGGCAGAGACAGAGCAACUGCAGGCCCAGUGGGCCCUGCUGGAGACGGUGCAGCUGGCGGGCCUGGCCCUGUUCCUGACCGUCGUGGGGGCCCGGGUGGCGGCCCUGGUGGUGCUGGAGUUCUCCCUGCGGGCCGUGUCCACACUGCUGUCCAUGCGCAAGGUGAGACUGUGGGCAGGUGGGUCGCUCCCCGCCCGGUCCUGGCACGGGGAAGCUGGCCUCUGUGCAGAGCCUCCCGGAGCCAGGCCCUGCACAGGCUACUUUGAGGCGAGACUCCCCGGGCUGCUGGGCCGCGCCCUGGCCGUGGCCUUCACUGUGGGCAGCUUGGCGGCAGUGGCCCUCAUCCAGCAGGACUUCCUGAACACCUCGGAGGCUGUGCGCUUUUGGAUGCCGCUCAGCAUCUGCUACACGCUGCUGGUCGUCCACAUGCAGGAGGAGCAGCGGCAGCAGCGCCUCAGCAUGAGGAGCCAGGUGCAGAUGGUGCUGGUGCGCACGGGCGGCCUCUCCAUGCUGCUGCUGACCGUGGGCCGCUGGCUGGACCUGCCGGGCCUCCUCCUCUCCCUGCUGGGCGAGCUGUGGUGCCUGGCGGGCGUCCGCGUCCUGCUCGACCUCUGUCAGAUCCAGGACUUCCCGUCCCAGCCUGUGGUGUCGGCUCCCAGCCGGCCCAAGCCCCAGAAGACAGCGCCGUCCUGAUCCACCACAGGGAGGGCGGAACUCAUUCUCAGGCCCUCAGAGCCUGAGUUUCCAGGCCGUGACCUCUGGAUGCUGCCCAGAGGCAGAGUGGCGGGGCUGGUUCCGCCUGGACCUCGGGACAGGCCCCGGUGUGUGGGAAGGGGAGCUGGGGGCUGGGGCACCAGAGGUCCCUAACUCCAGGUAGGCAGCGUCUGCAGCCCCUCCGGCCUGCCUUCCAGGGCAGGGGUGGAGAGUGGGGAUGCCCGAGUCCUUGGAGCGGCUUCUCCCUCUACCGACCUCCCUUCCUCUCUCCAUGAACAAUAAAAACGAAUUUCUCAACCUGUG